UUGUACACUCGGGCCCUCCCGGGAGCAGAUUCUCCUGGUUGUCGCCCAGUAUGGAUGUACCCAUCCUAUGCCAGGAUUACAGGCUUUGACGAAACCCACACCAAGUUUGCUUCCAAGUACUCGUUAUACCUCUACAGAGAGCAGGGAGUGGAUCGCAUUCCCGAGGAGAGCCCGGACAGAGAAUUCAAGCUAGACGGAGUCCCAGUUCUCUUUAUCCCUGGAAAUGCUGGAAGCUACAGGCAGGCCAGAUCCGUUGCAUCGGAAUCGGCUAACCUAUACUUCGACGAAUACACCCACGAGUGGAGCCACUUGAACCCGACUGCCAGGAACCUAGAUGUCUUCACUGCCGAUUUCAACGAGGACUUCACUGCAUUCCACGGAAGAACAAUGCUUGACCAGGCAGAGUACCUCAACGAGGCCGUCAAGUUCAUCCUUGACUUGUACGCUGUGACUCCGAAUCCCCCCAAGUCUGUGAUCGUGGUGGGCCAUUCCAUGGGUGGUGUUGUGUCUAGAAUCAUGGUAUCACUUCCUAAUUUCUUGCCUGAAUCCAUCAAUACAAUUAUCACAUUGGCAUCUCCUCACGCUGCAGCACCAUUGACAUUCGACGGUGAUUUGCUCCGGAUUUAUUCCGCUGUUGAUCGUUUUUGGUACGACGGGUACCACUCCAACUCGUCCAUCGCAACCUCAAGGUUAUCCAAUUUGUCGUUGAUAUCAAUUACCGGUGGCUUGCUGGACUCAACUUUACCGGCGGACUACACUACUUUGGGAUACUUGGUUCCACCCACCAAUGGGUUUACUGUUUAUACCACAGGAAUACCGCUGGUAUGGACUCCAAUAGAUCAUUUGGCAAUUGUGUGGUGCAGCCAGUUGCGUAGAAAAUUGGCAAGAGUAUUGUUGGAGAUUGUCGAUGUUAACCUGCCAUCGAGAACUUUGUCUUUACCAAGAAGGAUGUCAGUUUUCAAGCAACACCUCUUGACUGGGUUCGAAGACUAUGCAUCACAAGACUCAAUAGCUCAGACUGGUGAACACAAUAUAAACAUUAAGUUGGAUAGACAACAAAUCGAAAUAUUAGGAGCUGGUGGGGCAGGUUUAAAAUUAUAUGGAAAGGACAAACCAGAUUCAUCCGAGUCCAAGAUGAGUUUAUUUCAAAUUCCCAAGAAAGACGGCGAGAAUUUCGAGUUUUCCUUGUUAAGCUCAGCGCCCCUUAGUCCUUGGGACCCUUCGAACCCCAAUUUGUCUAUAUUACUUUGUUCCAACGUACCAAAUGGAGAUCAUCGAGAGGGGGUUGACGACUUUACAAGUGAGAACACUAAUGAAACAUUGCAAUUGAGCUGCGUCGAUAUACAUCAGGAUGCGCGUAUAGUUCCAAGGUCUAAUAGUGAUAGCAACUCAUUGAUGGACUCCUCUUUCGACGGAGAAAAGUCACCUUUCCAUGCUUUCAAAUUGAGUGCAAAAAUUCUAUCAAAAUAUGAUCUGAUUUUAAUAGCUGCUCAAAAACAAAAUAAAGAUGAAGACUUCUUCAUCGUAGGGGAUGUUUUUAAAACAGAAGAACUCGAGUAUAAACUAGGGACGAAUAUGUUCACAUUAUUUGCAAGGGGAGGAGCAGAGUUAUCAUUACCGAGCGAUCGGCCUUUAGCGGUCAAUCUCAAUAUCCCAGGAGCUUGGAGUAGUAUUCUUGCCUAUCACCUAAAGGUCAGAUAUCCCAAGGAUGGGCCUGCUAGCGAAGCCACUCCAUUCAGAUCAUUCAUCAGGCAAUGGAUUGAGGAUCCCUACGAAAGCAAGUGGCAUCUAAAUGUUGAGGAUAACUCCGAUUUGUCAAUUGUCAUGCACGGAGUGGCACCAUUUGUUCCGUUUAAACUGAAGCAUCAAUCCCUUAACAUUGAGUUAUGGAGUUCAAAGAUAGAGGGUGAUUCGCCAAUGGAAAUCACGAUUCGAAUAGAUUUUGUGAAAAGUUUAAGGCUACUAGUCUUGAGGUAUAGGCUUGCGAUAGUUGCAGGUUGUGUUCUGAUAGUUUUGCUUGUGAUGUUGAUACAAGUAAAGAUAUACGCCAACACCAGCCGUUAUCCCAAUUUUAUGCACGCGUUAGGAUUGUUGAAUUCUGGUAAGUCUUUAUUGAUAAUCCUGGCAGUAUUGGUGCUACUUAAUCCCUUAAUGAAUUUCGGGUCCAUUCAGCUGUUCAUGAAUUUGAUUGACCCAGUUGUGUUGAGAGAUUCUAACGAGAUAAACUUGAGUUUACAUAAAGAUUUUAAGAUCAACUCCUUCUACUUGGGAUUAGAGGAGAUAUGGUUAUGGCCAAUUGGUAUAGUGCUUUAUCUAAUGGCCCUCUUUUUGGUCUUUACAAGUUAUCAGGUAUUAAUUCUUAUAAAUAACAGACAGGUUGGAAGCAUUUCUAAGUUAGCACAGGUAUGGUCCCGCCGUCGUAUUAUUAUGAUAGCCCUCCUUCUUUUGGCAAUUCCAGUUUAUGCUCCAUAUCAAUUUGUUUACAUUGCUUGCUUCAUAAUCCAGAUCAUAACAGCAGUCAAGUUAUUGCUAAAAAGUAAUGGUAGCAGUGAUGCAAAUGUUUUCAAUUAUCAAAUGACAAUAUUAAUGUUGAUGUUGUGGAUUUUACCAGUGAAUGUGCCAAUCUUGAUUGUAUUUGCCCACAAUAUAGCAGUCAACUGGAGAACACCUUUUAGUUCUCACCACAACUUCUUAUCGAUAAUUCCAAUCUUCUUCUUGAUCGAAAGAAAUUCCGUGAUGAAGAAGUUGCCGAAGUUUUCAAAUGGGGUCGUCACCAUCAGGUGGUUUAUGGUUUACUUCAUAUUUUAUUGCAUAGUGUAUGGAAUCCGUCAUACAUUUUGGAUUCAUCAUUUGUUCAAUGUCAUGAGCUGUCUUCUAUUGAGAAUCUACUACGAGAAUGAAGUGGAUGAAGAA